CUGCACGGUCACGUUGGGACUGUUGCCAAAUAACGCCACAUUCACACCUUUUCCUAUUCCUCCAUGGCGGAGGCGACAUUCAAGGACAUACCUGAAUUAUUUGAGGUCGAAUUAGGAGAAUCGCUGACAGCAAGAACAGAGAGCCUCUCCACGUUCCGUGAACUAGGUCCUCCAGAUUUGUGCCAUGUCGUCAAGAGCAACGGAAAGAGCGCCCAUCGAGACCUAGGGUCGUAUCACUAUAUUUCCGGCGUCGAUGCCUCGUCAUCUGCAUCGCUCGCAGCAUAUAUCAACUCAUUAACAUAUGCGAUUGAAGAUACCUCUGCCUGGUUCGCAAAAACUGCUGCUUGGAAGGUUAGAAAUGGAUGUUAUUGCUGUUUCAAUGCCUUCUCCCGCGUGGAUAUUCGUGUCGAUGUCAAGAUUCCGGGUGGCGUAAACGCGUAUGUGAUUGACCUGAGAGGGGAGCGACAUGAAGCGACACCGGAAAUCUGGCAGGAAACUUAUGUGUCGGCGCUGCUACGGUCCAUAUUGUAUUCGGAUGAUCCCACGUACUGGUUAGACGCCUACCGCAAGCUCGACCCGAUAACUUCACUGGAAGCCGAGAUCAGGUUCCUUCAGGCGGCCGAAAGUCUCUUCAUGAAAGGUUGGCAGGUUGGAUCCGAUCCCGAAAUACAGGUGGCGACUGUCGUUUCGAACCAUUUGACGGCUGGGAUCAUGAAGUACUUUGGAGACAGUGGACGCUUUCAGCAAGCCGCUAAUCUGUUCGAGAAGAUCUCUGCAAGGGAACCUGAAAUUGCAUCCCUGCUGGCACGGAGUUAUAUUGGCAUGAACGAAGAAAUCAAGGCGGUCCAAAUUAUUGCGGCAGCAAUGAAGGAAACUCCCCAGUCUUACACGCUCCUGCAUGUUCAGUGCGAUUUCCUGCGCUCGAAAGGCAAGUUCGAGUGGGCGUUGAAGCUUGCUCGUCAAGCCGUUAAUUGUGCUCCAAGCGAGUUCGUAACGUGGGAAAAGCUGACGGAGCUCUACCUCGACCUUGGCCAAUUCGAAUCUGCCCUUCUGACCCUCAAUUCUUGUCCAAUGUUCACGUUUAAUGGACGGGAUGCCCACCGGAAUCUGACACCAGCUCGUAUACACCUUCCCUUCCAGCGACAAAUCGGUGAAAUCCUCCCGGAACGAGCCAAAACUGAUGACGAUGAAGCUGAUCCUGCCCUACAACGCCUACCAGCUCCUGGACUCCGUGGGACCUGGGCUCGGGCAUACACGCUCCUCACACGACUAGUUUCGCAGAUUGGUUGGGACGAACUACUCAAAACGAGGAGCAGUGUGUUCGUGAUGGAAGAGGAAUAUCGGAUGCAGAAGGCCCAAGGGGACAUCUCCCAUUCUACAAACGGCGGCUCAAGUACAGCAAUCCACGAAGAUGGUAGCGUUCAGCCGUCGGAAACACUUGACAACGCAUCAACUCGUGGGAUGGUAUCGCCCCAUGGCCCCAGUCAGGACUCUAUGAAGAAGAAUGGAUCUUUGGAAGCAACCAUUCCGACGAUCCGGAUUUCAACAGAGUCCGAUCGGGAUUUGAGAGAAGCGGAGAAGAAAGAGGCCGAGGAUGAGGCCAAAGUGAAUUCGCCAAUAGCUGUUAACGGGAAUGGGGGCCCGCAUCAUGUGCUGAAGCAAGCGAACGAUCUGGAAAGGCCUGUCCAAGCGGCCGCAGGUGAAGGUGACAAGAAGGACGAGGAUGCAUCGUCUCCCGGCUUACCUUCAGAGCCGUUCUCUUUCAGCAACAAGCGGCUAUGUGAACGGUGGUUGGAUAAUCUAUUCAUGGUGCUGUACGAGGAUCUACGCGUUUGGACAAUAUUCAGGGCCGAAGUUGCUCAUUUCAAGACGCAGCACGUUGCCUAUCGGAAGACAGGGCUUGAGUGGGAAAUCCUAGGCGAUCUUGGGAUGCGACUACACCACAAGGAGGAGGCGAAGGAGGCGUAUCAGCGGUGUUUGGAUGCACCACGGUAUUCGCAGAAGCCGUGGGCAAAAUUGAUGGAGAUGUAUGCGGAGGAGGGGGAUAUUCAGCGGUCAAUACAGACGGCUAUUCGUGUGGCUGCAUACCAGUAUGCUGAUUAUACGGAGAUGACAUACCCCACGCAGAUCGCCCGAAGCUUCUUCAAGCUCGGCGAAAUUCAUGGCCACGCCAAGAUCUCCAACACGCUUAUAAGCAUGGGGUUGCCUGAUUCUAUUUACAAAAUUAUGGACAAUUAUCUCCAAUAUGGUAAAACCUUCAAAGUAGAAGGGUAUGAUUUCUGAUUCUUUUUUUAUAUCCCCUUUACUUGUCUUUAUUCUCACAUGUAAUCUUUGCUUUUUGAGCCUCAUGGAUAUAUAUUUCUCUCGAUUGGUCGACGCUGGAGGCAGAGUCCAGAAGGAUAAUCCGCUGCGCUUGACACCCCUGGUUGCCAUC